UGACCGUAGAGUCACCUAUCCAAACGCGCGGAAGUUCGCCUAUUUGUGACUUUUCACGCUGACACGGCCUCCUGCCCAUGGCGAAGACGGCGGCGGCGACCGUGCUGGACAUCGCGGAGCUCCCCUUCUCCGACCUAGUCCUCCUCCAAUCUCCCGAAACGCUAGAUGAUGACCGCCGCCGUCGCCGCAUCCUGGACACUGUCGCGACUGAGCUCGGCCGAGGUGGAUCUGGUUUGCUGGCCAUCGCCGAGGUGCCGCGCGUGGGUGCCAUCCGACGGCGGCUCCUCCCGUUGUCCCGCCGCCUCGCCCUCAUGGACCAUCCUACCCGCUCCCAGCUCCUCAAGAAGCAUGGUUUGGGCAGCGACGUGCCUUUGAAGAAGCUCGAUCGGUCUGUGUCCUCGUUCACGAAGCUUCUAAGGCAUUCAGGUGAACUCGCCUUGGUAGAGCUGGUGAACAACACUGAAAGCAUGAACAAUGGUUUUGUUUGUUUGGAGAAGAUACAUAACUUUGAUGGAUCCGAAGAAGCUAAUGGUGAUGAUGAUAUGGAGAAUCUUGGUGAGCUCGUUAAGGAACUGGGCUUGUACAUGAUAGAGCUUGGGAUUUUGAUCGCACGAGCUUGCGACAUUGUUAUUGGUGGAGGCCAGUUAGAGCAGAGCAUCACUGACUUUGGUACUGCAAAGGCAAGGCUCAUCCACUACCACUCUGAGUUGGAUAACAUUAUUAUCAGGGAGAAGGAGAACAGUAUAAAGAAGAAAUGCUCGUUAAAGAAAGUGGCAGUAAAACCUUAUCAACUGGGUUCUCAGAGAUCCGGAUCACCGUGCCCGUGCUGCAUCAAGUCAGAAGAGGGGACUCCCAAAAUGGCAAUAAAAGAUAAUGAUCCUAGGGAUACCUCGGUUCAGGGUCAGGCUACUGAAAUUUCCCUGUUGAACCUAUGGCAGGAGUGGCACUAUGACUUUGGAAUCCUUACUGUUUUAACAGCACCAUUAUUCCUAAGUGGUUCUGAGGGAGAAAAAUGUUUGGUCAACCAGGAAUACCACCAUCCUGAUGGGCACACACACUUGCAGUUAUGCAAUGGGAGGAAGAUAUUCUCUGUUAGAUGCUCUCCUGAGAGCUUCAUUGUUCAGGUUGGAGAGGCAGCAGACAUCUUGUCCAGAGGGAAACUGAAAUCUACACUUCAUUCGGUGAGUAGACCUUUGGGUUUUGCAGACAUCAGCCGUGAGACUUUUGUAGUCUUCCUACAGCCCUCAUGGGACAAAACUUUAAGUUAUUCUUGUUGCUAUUUAGAUACUGAAGAGCAAUCCAGUCGUAAUAAUGAGACUUCGAUCACCAGUAAUGGAUCAACAGGCUCUUGUGAUGAAGAUGUAUGUAUGCAAGAAAUUCUGGAAAAAAUUCCCCCUCUAUCAUCAAGGCUAAGAGAAGGGAUGACAUUUGCAGAAUUUUCUCGGCAAACAACAAAACAGUAUUAUGGUGGCAUCCAACAGAACAAUUGAAGACUAACAGUACAAUGGUGAGAUGCAUGUAGCAGCAAUGAGUUGAUGUAUUGAGUUGCUUGUAAGUCAAGGCAGCUCCUCCCCAUAAAUAUGAGGGGAGGGCCAAUGGAUUCAAUCAAGUAGGAAAAGGGCUUAGUCCCAUCCUACCUUUUGCUAAGGUCA